UUUCCAAGCGAAGUUCCGCUUUUGGUCCCUUUAAAAUACUAUUAUAGCCCAAUCCCCCAAAGUAUAUCGUUGACUUGUGUAAGACGUUCCGGCAAGAGAAUGGCAUCCACGAUUUCGGCCAUUGAGGAAGAGCAAGAACUUAAUUUAAAAGAAUGGAUAUUAAAAUGUCUUAAUAAUGAGACAUAUGGCGACGUUUUAAAGUGGGAUGACAAACAAAAAGCAAUAUUCCAUAUUUUAUGGAUGAACAAGGGCAGUUAUAACUGGGAAAAAGGCUUUGAAGUAUUUGUGGGAUGGGCAAAACACAGAGAGACAUUGAAAGAUCCUGUUGAUUAUGUUUCCCUUAAAAGCAACUUUCGUAAUUUAAUUAACAAGACGCAUGAUUUUGAAAAACUUAAACCAAUACAAAACCAACAGACUGGUAAUCGAUUGAUAUAUCGAUUUCGAACGAAAGCAGAAAUAAAACAAGUGAAACAGGAUCAAAAACAGAAAAAACGUUCCUCAACAGAAUCUUCUCUCAGCACAACGAACAGUUCUGUAAGCUCAACAGAUUUUCAAGACCUGCUUGAUAGCAUAGAGAACUGUAUGAGUGUUGCUCCUGAAAAUGUAAACCUUCAAACUACAUCAUUAGAAGAAGCAUUACCUGGGGAAUUGGCAGCACUGAACAUGCAACAAACUAUUUGUAGUGCAAAUAAUUAUGAACUCCCUGCAACAGCAGAUGAAGCAAUUCAAGUCAAUGAGAUGGAACAUAAUGGAAAUGGAGCUGUGCAUUUAGGGGAACACGACCAAUUGCCAACCUUUGAACAGUGGGUUACUAGCUUGAACAUGAAUCCUGUCCAGUUGUCAUGUUUCAACAUCACAGUUAGAUACAAACAAACUAUAGUUAAAGAAGUAACUGCUGAUAUAAGACAAGGCAUUCGUCUCUCACAUGGCAAUACAGAUGAGCAACUUGCAAUUGCUAAUGAAAUGCAACUGCAUGAUAUAUUAAAUAUUCCUACUUUACAACUCCCACCUUCAGAUGACCCUCUUAUACAAAAAAGUCUGAAUGAAUUAAAACUUGGGGUUGUGUUUAAAUAUCAAACCAGCCAAUACCAAUGCCCACCAAUGAUAUGGCUUGCAAGGCUGACAAUACUGAAGGUUUAUUCUGUUAGGUUUAAUGACGACCUUGUUUCCAUAAAACGGAGCUCUCCUUUUUCGUAUGAGCCUAUAUUUUGCUAUGUAGAACGUUUAAACUGCAUGCAAGAACAGGUCAGGGCGGGUAAACGAUUAAAACCAAUGAAAACAAUUUGUUUGGUUGGGUCAAAAAAUAAUCUCAUUUCUGUCACUCUUACACCAUCCCUGUCUGAAAAUUUGUGUGAAGUAUUUUGUAACGAGGCUUCGUCAAUAAGCAUGGAAACAUCACUGGACAAUAUGUACAACCAAAUGAAACACCUUUACAGUAAAAUGCAAUAUAGUUAUGGUCACAAUUAAAACCCUAUAACGCUUACUUGUUUUGUACAAACUGUUUUCCCUUUUGAUGCAGCUGUGCUUGUAUCGUUCAUUCAGCCUUCUAGAUUUUGUAUAGUACAACCUUUGUUGUUGUAACCCAAGAGACAAAUAAUGUUAUUAUUACAUUUGUGUAAGUCCCUACUCGCACGUUUUAUUCCUUGUAUACUUUUUUGUGUUAUAGUAGGAUGGGGAAAGAUGGGACACACCUUCAUUUUUGCUCGUCCCACUUGGUAGCAAACAAGCAACAUUUAACAAAUUAUAAAACCAUCUUACUUCACAGUAAUAUGUAUUAUUCUUGCUUAUAAUCUUUGCUUAACUGCUUGUAUAGUUAGUGUUUUUAUGAACUUGAAAUUUUAUGGUGCUGGCAGUCGUUUUAAAACACAAGUCUUACACAGCAAAUGGUUUUUAAACUAAGACAUAGUACAUACAGGCAAGAAGA